CGUGCUCGCCCGGCUGUUUCCCCUUCAGCCGUCAGUCUCCCUUUGGCCCCCACCCCUCAACCAAAAUAAAACCGGAGACCUCCCGCCGGGGGUGGCUUUCGCUUCUGAAGCGGCCCCUCUGCGGCCCUAGGCGAGCGCCCUCCGUCGCAGGUCUAGGAAUGGGGCGCGGAGGGCAGCGUGGCCUUGGCCUCCGAGCGUUUUCCGCCCAGCUGCCCGGGACUGGUUUAGGUCCGCCAGGGAUCCCCCCAGAGCGCUCCGGGCGCCCUCGGCGUGCCAGGCCCAGCCGCUGGCGGUGGAGGGUUCCAGAAACCGCCCUUGCCUUCGGGGAGCUUGCAUUGAUUAUGGAAGAUUCCCACAAGAGUAACACUUCAGAGACAGCACCGCAACCUGGUUCUGCAGUUCAGGGAGCUCAUAUUUCUCAUAUUGCUCAACAGAUGGCAUUAAGAGGAUCUGCGCCAGUGACAAUUAUACCUCUUCCUGGAGAGCAAGUACAGGUUCAGGGGGUCAUCCAGACAGCUCAGUCUUCUGUAAUUCACCCACCACACGUGCAAACGGUGUCAUCUUUAUCAGAAAGUGAGGAGUCUCAGGACUCAUCAGACAGUAUAGGCUCUUCACAGAAAGCCCACGGGAUCCUAGCACGGCGCCCAUCUUACAGAAAAAUUUUGAAAGAUCUAUCCUCUGAAGAUACACGGGGCAGAAAAGGAGACGGAGAAAACCCUGGAGUUUCUGCUGUCACUUCUAUGUCUGUUCCAACUCCCAUCUAUCAAACUAGCAGUGGACAGUACAUUGCCAUUGCCCCAAAUGGAGCCUUACAACUGGCCAGCCCAGGCACAGAUGGAGUACAGGGACUUCAAACAUUAACCAUGACAAAUUCAGGCAGUACUCAGCAAGGGACAACAAUUCUCCAAUAUGCACAGACCUCUGAUGGACAGCAAAUACUUGUGCCCAGCAACCAGGUGGUUGUACAAACUGCAUCAGGAGAUAUGCAGACGUAUCAGAUCCGUACCACACCUUCAGCUACUUCGCUGCCACAGACUGUGGUGAUGACAUCUCCUGUGACUCUUACAUCUCAGACAUCUAAGACAGAUGACCCCCAACUGAAGAGAGAAAUAAGGUUGAUGAAAAACAGAGAAGCUGCUCGAGAAUGUCGCAGAAAGAAGAAAGAAUAUGUGAAAUGCCUGGAAAAUCGAGUUGCAGUCUUGGAAAAUCAAAAUAAAACUCUAAUAGAAGAGUUAAAAACUUUGAAGGAUCUUUAUUCUCAUAAAAGUGUUUGAUUAAGAAAGAAAAUAUUUUUGCAGACUUGCCUAAAAAUUAGAUGGAUUUCUUUUCUUUUUAGUGGAGUUUUAUAAAUUAAAAGGUCAAAAAUGAAGCUUUUUAUUUAGGCUUUUGCAACUCAAAGAUAAUCUUAUGCAAGAGAUCUGGUGACAGAAGAUAAAGUGGAAAAUGACCUCAAGGAAGUCACUAGCACAGGUGGAAGCCCUGGAAAAAUGAAACCCACUCAAGAAGAGGGAAGUGAGCUCUCACACCAAUUUGAAUUUCCUAAAUGACAAUAACCCAAAAGCGCCAGAGAAGAUGAAAUUUGGUAAAUUAUUUUUAAAAUCAGUUUACCCUGUAGGUUUGCAUUUCUUACUGUUUCCUAAAAUUUACCUUUUUCACUUUGUGUGUGUGCGCGCGCGUGAGUGUUUUAUUUCUGCCAAUAAAUUUUAAAUUACAAAUAGAAAAGCUAAUACAUAACUAAAUAUAUAAAUUAUGUGUUCUGAUUACGUAUACUUGUUCUAUCGUCAGAUCGUUGAAAUGGGUUUUUUAAAGUUUGUUUCUUGGACUUGAGAGGGGUUUUGAGACUUGGGUUUAACUGUUUUUGAGGCUUUGUCCUCAAAGGCAUUUAAGGUACAUGAAUGGAGUAUGGUGAUUUUGUAACAUUUUUUAUCAGGAUGGAAAGAGAACUUCUGUUUAAAAGUUUGAUACUUUUAAAUAGUUUGUUUUUUGGUUACUCUGGGAAUGGAGAUUUUCUACAAAUAUAUAAUAAAUUGUUUUUUGAUUCUAUAUUCUGUAUGCAGUUGAAUAUACAUUACCUAUUCUGUUGUGCUUUAAUAGAAUGGAAUGUUUACAGGCCCUUGAGAUAUCAGAGUAUUUUUUAAAAAUCUUCUGAAGAUACAUACCAAAGUUUUCCAAGAGGAUUUUAUAAUCAAUUUAAUGUAAGGUUUAUCAGAUUCUAAAAUCGUAUGGUUAUUAAGGCAAUUUUAUGUUAGAGACUAUUUUGUAAUGUAGUGAAUGGUACAUUUCUAAGAAAAGUGACUGCCGAUAUAUUUUUAUAGCUAAUCUUUAUAAAUUCUAAAGUUGAGUUUUUAAUUAUUUUAAAUGUUUAUAUAGUUUAGUAAAAAAAAAAAAUAUUUUGCAUCUCAAAAGUAUCAUUUUUAUAUUAUGAGAAGUAAAGUUUCCAGAUUGGCUAAUAUUUGAAUUGCAAGUUUUGUAUGCAGUUUACCCAAAGCUCAAGAAAGCCAUCCGUACCCCAGUGUUUAACCUCUGUAUUCCAGUUUGUAUACACUCUGAAAUUGUACUGCAGAACUAUUGUGCGCUUCUUACACAAUAUGUAUCAUAUUGUUGUCUGUGAAAUUAAAGGAUAUUUGAUAAAAUUAA